AUGGCGGAAGAAAAGAAUAAGAAGAGCAUCAUUGCUUCGGUCGACAGCGAUGAUGAGUCCUCAGGUGAUACAAUUUCAGAGCAGGCAGAACUUAGUUCGAUUCUUGAUAAACUUAGCUUAGAACCCAAGAAGGAGAAAAAGAAACUCUUGGUCUUAUGUCUGAGUGGUCUUCUUCUACAUCGUGUCCACAAAAAUGACAUGCGUAAAAAUCCUAAGAACCGCUCUCCUGAUGCCUCUUGUGGUCCAAAUCUUGUGUACAAGAGGCCAUUUGCAGAAGAGUUUAUGAAGUUUUGUCUUGAGAGAUUCAAAGUUGGGAUUUGGUCCUCUGCUUGCGAGAAAAACGUUGAUAUAGUUCUAAGCAUUAUUCUCGAAAAUUUGGAAGACAAGCUCUUGUUUGUGUGGGACCAAAAAGAGUGUACCAACAGUGGAUUUAAGACACUAGAGAACAGUGAGAAGCCUAUAUUCUUUAAAGAUCUCUCCAAAGUGUUUCAGUGCUUCAACGGCUUUUCUUCUUCAAACACCAUCUUCAUUGAUGAUGAGCCCUACAAAGCUCUUCUGAAUCCGGACAAUACCGGUCUGUUCCCAUUGAGUUAUGAUUCUUCUGACAAAAAGGAUAAUUUACUUGAUCCAGAAGGAGGGUUCUGCUCUUACUUGGAUGGUCUGGCCAAAUCUUCGGACGUUCAAGCUUACAUAAAAGAGCAUUCUUUUGGACAGCCCAAGAUCGAUUCUUCUCAUUCUGACUGGUCUUUCUACCGCAAAAUCGCAAAUAUUGUCUCUUAAUCUUUGCAUGUAUAUCAGUUUUUCCAAGUUUUCGUUUUGUCAAUAAUUCUCUUCUAUUGGCUUACUAUUGAAGACAAUAAAAAGUCUACCCAUUGCAGUUUUAAU